AUGAACCUGUCCAAUUCCAUGCAUAACAAAUUUUCUUCAUUCACUUCUAUUGUUUUCAAGCGCACCAUACUCAAGGACAGCAGUGAUGGGAAGCAAGUUUCACUGUCAUUACUCAAUCUUUGCAAUAAUGCUAGUGAUGGUGAACACCUUCAUUCUGUUGUUCAAGAAUUCAGUGUUCCACCUCCUAUGGGUCUAGCCUCAUCUCUGGAAAUUGCAGAUUAUUGUGAUGGGAUCAUUUGUCUAAACACCGAGAAGGCUAGUGAUCGCGCUGCUUUAUACAAUCCAUCAAUCAAGGAAUUAAAUUUUCUUCCCAAGACUUGUCUUCUCCCUCCGCCGUAUGUAAAAUAUGCUUAUCAUGUCGGAUUUGGAUACGACUCUAAAGCUAAAGAUUACAAGGUUGUAAGAAUUGCAUGCUCCAUAUCACAUGGUGAGCAUCCUACUAGAGGAGAAAUAUACACCUUGAGUUCUAAUUUUUGGAGAGAGAUCAAAACUAAUUUUAGCACUCUACUUUACAGUACUAUUGGUUCAAGUCUGUACUUCAAGGGAGUUUAUUACUGGUAUGCAUUUAAGAAAGAACUCGAACAUCACAAGGAAUUCAUCAUUUCAUUUGAUAUGAGUGAAGAGUUAUUUCAUCAUACAUCACUUCCAGAUCGUUUCCAUGGUGCAUCAGGAUGUUAUAUUCGCCUCGUGGCGUUGAAAGAAUCCAUUGCUGUCAUGACCGGGUUAUCCCACAGAAGAGGUUGUGAAGUGGCUAAAACUUUUGAAGUAUGGGGAAUGGAAGGCUUUGGUGCCGGACAUAAGGAGUUAUGGAUCAAGUACUUCACCGUCGGACCUUUAGAAGGCAUUGAAUAUCCAUUGGUAUUUUGGAAGAGUGAUGAAUUUCUUGCUGCUACCUAUGAUUUAAGUGCAGUCUCCUACAACGUGUGCACCCAAACAUUCAACUAUCUUCCCAUUCAUGGUACGCAAGAAGAUCUACAAACUGUUGUUUAUAUGAACAGUAUUGUUUCUGUCAACCCAAGACAACAGUAA